AUGGAGCCAGAUACGCCAACCUUCUGCCCUGACGAUGUUGAUCAAAGCAAAAAGAACCGAGACUCUUCGCCUGUCUUUCCACUACUCAACAAUGAUGAAACAGCGGAUGCGCUGUCCUCAGAUGCUGCGAGACAAAACCGAGUUGGCGAAGAUGACGUGGAUGAAGAACCAGCCGUCGCGAAACCUUUUGUUCGAACGUCUAGCCCGGACUCUGCGGCCCGAAAUGCCCAUGCGUAUGACGACAAGGGAUUUGACCGCCUCGAUCGCAAAAUGCACAAGUUCAGCCUUUACGAGACUGCCACCCGAUACUACAUUGUUGGUGGCGAUGUGACGGAACGUCGGUAUCGGAUACUGAAGAUUGAGCGGACAACGGACGACUCAGAGUUGAGCAUUACGGAUGACAAGAUUAUUUACAGCCAGAAGGAGAUGAACCAACUCCUAGACACUAUUGACGAUGGCAACAAGGGGACUGGAGGCAUCAAGCUUCGGUGCACAACAUGGGGCCUCCUCGGAUUCAUCAAGUUCACAGGACCAUACUACAUGCUCCUGAUCACAAAAAAGAGUACAGUGGCUAUGGUUGGUGGACACUACAUCUAUCAAGUAGAUGGUACAGAGCUGGUGCCGCUCACUCCUACCCGGUUCAAGGCCGACGUGAGAAACACAGAGGAGUCCCGCUUCCUGGGGAUACUGAACAACCUCGAUCUGACGAGGUCAUUCUAUUACAGCUACUCCUACGACAUCACUCGUACUUUGCAGCACAAUUUAAACCGGGAGCGAGAGGCUCUCGCCCAAGGGUUGCCCGGUGCCAUACAUGACUUCAACGGCAUGUUCGUAUGGAACAGUUACUUACUGCAGCCGGCGAUGAAGGCACUGAAAGACCCAUUCGACUGGUGCCGUCCCAUCAUCCACGGAUAUAUUGACCAAGCUGCGCUCUCGAUCUACGGACGUACGGCUUAUAUUACGAUAAUAGCAAGGCGUUCCCGUUUCUUCGCCGGCGCAAGAUUUCUCAAACGAGGAGCCAACGAUCUGGGGUACGUUGCCAAUGAUGUCGAAACUGAACAGAUAGUCUCAGAGGCUCUUACCACGUCUUUCCAUGCACCUGGCCCGAGGCUCUUCUCCAGCCCGCAGUACACGUCCUAUGUACAGCAUAGAGGAAGCAUUCCCCUCUACUGGACGCAAGACAACACAGGCGUGACCCCCAAGCCUCCAAUCGAGCUGAACUUGGUGGAUCCGUUUUACAGCGCUGCUGCCCUACACUUCGACAAUCUCUUUGAGCGGUACGGCGCCCCAAUCUACGUCCUCAACUUGGUCAAAGCCAGAGAGAGAACGCCACGAGAGUCAAAGCUCCUGUUGGAGUACACGAAUGCGAUAAAUUACCUCAAUCAGUUCUUGCCAGAAAGACGCAAAAUAAUUCAUAAGGCUUGGGACAUGAGCAGGGCCGCAAAAAGUCGCGAUCAAGACGUAAUUGGGACCCUGGAGCGCAUUGCCGAAGAUGUUGUUGUCACCACCGGAUUCUUCCAUGACGGUGACGGUAACAUCAAUCCAACCAGCGUCCAGAAUGGAGUGGCCCGAACCAACUGCAUCGACUGCCUAGACCGCACAAACGCAGCGCAAUUUGUUAUUGGGAAAAGGGCACUCGGCCACCAGCUUCAUGCUUUGGGAAUUCUCGAGGACACAUCGAUCAAUUACGACACCGACGCCGUCAAUCUUUUCACGCACAUGUAUCACGAUCAUGGUGACACCAUAGCUGUUCAGUAUGGCGGUUCCCAGCUUGUCAAUACAAUGGAGACAUAUCGCAAAAUCAAUCAAUGGACUAGCCAUUCUCGCGACAUGAUUGAGAGUUUCAAACGAUACUACAACAACUCAUUCCUUGACGGACAGCGCCAGGAGGCCUACAAUUUGUUCCUUGGAAACUACAUCUUCGCCCAGGGACAGCCAAUGUUGUGGGAUUUGGCUACCGAUUACUACCUCCACCAUGCAGAUCCCCGCACAUGGUCCGAAAAGACUAAACGAGACUACAUCGAUUGGUUUACACCGGAGAAUCUACAGGAGCGCAAAUUCCCAGCCUACAGCCCACCCCCUGGCGAUGCGAAGAAGAUGCCCGUAUCCUUUUUUGACGACUAUUGGGUUGAGUACUACAGACCGUCCACCCUUUCGUCAUUUCUAAAAAUGUUUCCGUACAAGAUGAAUUCUACCAUCAAAUAUAUACCGUUCAAAUCCACCCAGGACGGUCGAUAUGACCUGAGCCCUUUCAGAGUGCGCAAUGAGACCGACAUGGAUGCGCAUGAGAAAAAAAAGCCGAAGAAGGAGGUGACGAUCGUUGAUCCGCAGGACUAUCGGUCUCCGCCAGAUCUAGACGCAGUAUCUGUCGUAUCAGACCGAACAACAGGCGGUAAAGGGAUCUCGAUCCACCGCUGGCUGCAGCCGAUGCAGGAAAGGGUUGUCGGCCAUCAUGGAAUCAUGAAGGAGACACAGGCGGAACCUCAGGGGUCGCCCAAGACGAAGCCUACAGCCCAGGAGAAGACAAAAGCAGCACAAUGGACAUUCACGAAGGUGGUCAACGAGUCUCUGAACCCGUCAGUCAGUCAACAAGAAGCCGAGGAUUAUGAGCGGUACAUCAGCCACCCACAGAAUCUGCCCUUGGUUGUGUCAGCCGAGGCACAGGCUGAGAACCAGUCUGAAUAUCAGGAUUAUGUCCAGAGCAGCUGGCAAAGCGACCCGCUUACGCCUGUGGGUGCCGAGGAAGAUAUCGCUGUCUACACCGAGCUGCUCAAAAUUGGAAGCAACCCGCUCACAGUGACAGAGGAGGAUGCACAAAAAAAGCGAUACAAAGCGUAUAGAAAGUGGUUGCGUGGGAAGUCCUUCUUCAAGCAACAGCCUCUGGACUGA